AUGCCGGAAUUUCCUGGCCUGCGCGUGAUGCACGAGAAGUUCACCGAGGGCACUCUUCAGACCGACGUGCUGCGUAUUAGCCAGUCAACCUCGAUUGCUCUCAUUAUCGCCUUUCUGUUGUACAUCUGGUACCAGGCCAGCAGUCAGCAUAGCAUCUUUGACGAGGUCAUAGAAACAGACGAGCACCGUGAUGCUGACCGUGAAGCAGACAUGGAGAAGCCUAAGUUUACCUUGACUGAAACUGCAAUUGCCCUCAUCAUAUCACUCGUACUUGUUACACUUCUUCUCAUUUUCUUGGUUCAGGAAAUCGAACACGUUGUGCACAGUGGAAUUCCGGAUCAGUUCUUGGGUUUGAUUCUCCUCCCUCUUGUGGAAAAAGCCGCCGAGCAUCUGACGGCCAUCGACGAGGCUUGGGAUGGUGUCAUCAAUGUGGCACUUUACCAUUGCCUUGCUCCUUCGAUCCAAACUGCCCUUUUCAAUGGUCCACUUGUCGUUCUCGUUGGUUGGGCUCUUGGGAAGCCUAUGGACCUGAACUUCGAGAUUUUCAUGAUUGCGCUGCUGGUUCUCUCGAUUCUUGUUGUUGGGAACUUCCUACGAGAUGGAGAGUCAAACUGGCUUGAGGGAGCUUUGCUUGUGGUUGUUUACACAAUCAUCGCUAUUGCUUGCUGGUAUUAUCCAAAUCCUGAUGUGGCGACUUCUAAUGGCCUGGAGGCCUCAGAUGUUGUUAACGUCACCAUGAGUGUCGAUGCCCUCCGACAACUCCAGCAAAUUCUUACUGCAAACCUGGCCCAUUAG